AUUGGAAGUGUGAAAUGCAAUGUGCGACCAUUUCAAAGCGAGUUUCUCGCAAAUCAGGAAGCAAUCUCUAUUCUGUAGAGAGACAAGAAGAGAGAGAAAGAGACGACUAUGGCGAUGCUGCUGCUAGAGAGCAUUGUCGGUGUCCUGCUCCUUAUGCUGCUUUUGAUCCUCAUCCUCAUCUUCGUCGCCUGUAAACCAUGGCGCUUCUUCUUCUUCUCCUCCCGUUCUCGCACUGUCAAGGUUGGUGAUUUAGAUAGGCCCCUUAUUUCUGAUGAGGUGGAAAGCAGUGAAGUUACAAGAAAUUAUGACCUAGAGGGAGCAUGUUAUCAAAAUGAAGGGCCAUUGCACUUGUCCAGACCAGUGGGACUUGUUCAUAAACAGAGGCUUCCUUCUGGAUCACCCCGUUCAUUCCAAGGAGAUAGUUUGGUUUUAGAUGUAGUUUCAGAACCUUUGGAGGAUAUUUCAGUUGGGCAAACGCUUAAGCGCAUAUCUCUGACUGAGCAUGUAGCUGAAGUGCAGACACAGAUUAUACAGGAAGAUCAAAGUCCUAUCUUGGGACCGGGUCUGGAAAAAGAUACCUUUCAGGAAUCUGUGCCCAAGGUUAUCACUGAACAAAGAAGCUGCCUAUCUUUGGAGGUCAUUUCUGGUCCUUCUCGUGGACUUCAUUGUUCUAUACAGUCAGCAAGUUCUUCACGGCUUCCAUUGACCCUUGGAAGAGUUUCUAGUGACUUGCUGUUAAAGGACUCAGAGGUAUCUGGAAAGCAUGCGAUGAUUAACUGGAAUAUGGAUAAGAAAACAUGGGAGCUGGUAGACAUGGGCAGCCUAAAUGGAACGCUUUUAAAUUCACGGUCUAUCAAUCAUCCAGAUUCUGGAAGCAGGCACUGGGGUGACCCAGUUGAGCUAACAAACGGAGACAUAAUAACCCUUGGCACAACCUCAAAUAUAUAUGUCCAUGUUACAUCAAAAUCUGAGAACGAGACGCCUUUUGCUGUAGGUGUGGCAUCAGAUCCUAUGGCUUUACGUCGAGGAGGAAAGAAGCUUCCAAUGGAAGAUGUGUGCUAUUAUCAUUGGCCCCUUCCAGGCAUUGACAAGUUUGGAGUGUUUGGUAUUUGCGAUGGCCAUGGUGGAGUAGCAGCAGCCGAUGCUGCUAGCAAACUGCUUCCUGAGAAGGUUGCCAGUAUUUUGUCAGAUUCACUAACAAGGGAGAGGGUGUUAUCACAUUGUGAUGCUUCAGAAGUUCUCAGAGUUGCAUUUUCUCAAACAGAAGCUUCCAUGAAUAACUAUUAUGAGGGUUGUACUGCAACGGUGCUUCUGGUUUGGGUUGAUGAUGAUGAAAAUUUCUUUGCUCAGUGUGCCAAUCUUGGGGAUUCAGCUUGUGUUAUGAAUGUUGAUGGGAAGCCAAUUAAGAUGACGGCAGACCAUAGAUUAACCAGUUAUUCUGAAAGACUUCGAAUCAGUGAAAUAGGAGAACCAUUGAAAGAUGGGGAAACACGACUCUGUGGCUUGAACCUUGCUCGUAUGCUUGGAGACAAAUUUCUGAAACAACAAGAUGCCCGAUUCAGUUCAGAACCCUACAUUAGUGAAGCUGUACAUAUACAUCGAGCAAGUAGCACCUUUGUACUGUUGGCAAGUGAUGGCUUUUGGGAUGUCAUUAGUGUCAAGAAGGCAGUUCAGCUUGUGCUUCAGACAAGGGAGAGAUACGCUACAGAUGGGGAAAAUCCUGCUGAGAGGGUUGCUAAUUUUUUGUUGAGUGAGGCUAGAACAUUGCGAACGAAGGAUAACACCUCCAUAAUUUUCUUGGAUUUUGACAGCAAAUCUAGAAUAUCUUCUUGUAAACUUGUAUCUUAAUAUAAAUUAUGAGUUUUCAGUAGACAAUCAUGAUUUCUUUUCAA